AUGUCGCAGGACUCCAAACCCCAAGACGCUGCCCUCCACACGCCGACUGUCUCCUUCCCUUCCGUCAAACGAAACGAUCCGGACGCGCUCGCGCGCAGUUACACUUUCCACAGCGUCGAUCUCAUCGAGGUCGCGUCGAGCGCAAAAGACAAGGGCAAGGCCCGCAAACCUGCCAUCGAGGGUAAAUGGAUGCUAGGUGUUGACGAAGCAGGCCGUGGACCGGUUCUAGGUACGAGCAAUCGGCUGUGACGCCGGACCGAGUCAGGCAUAGCCGCUUGUCGGAGCGCGUCGCGACGCGUCAGAGCGGACGAGAUGGCUGACCCUUCGCUCGCCGGCUCCGCAGGUCCUCAAGUGUACGGCAUCGCCUUUUGUCGGGUAGAGUACUCGGAAGAGCUUCGAUCCCACGGCUUUGCGGGUGCGUUGUGCUGAUGUUGCAACGUGGUCGACCUCGAUACUGACGUGUUCGCGUUGGGUUCAUCUACGCUCUCCUCCGGCAGAUUCUAAAACGCUCAAAGAUUUCGAGCGCGAACAAUUGCUCGAGGUCAUCAUCAAUGACGCCAAGAAUGUGCACUACGCUUGCACGGUUAUGUCUGCGCACGAUAUCUCGCGAGGCAUGCUCAGGAGGACCCCUUAUAAUCUGUCAGUAGCUGGUGCCUGCCCGAAAGCUGUGCGCAGCUUACAUUGAAGUGAACCCCGAUGCUGACUAACCGUCACAAUCACCUUCUUCAGCAAUGCACAAUCGCAUGACGUUACAAUCAAGCUCAUCAAAGACGUCAUUGACCGAGGUUACAACAUUACCCAGGUACGUCCACGCGUGCUCGAGUGUUGAUCAUCAACUAACGACAAACUCUACCAUUCAGGCUUUCAUCGACACGGUCGGUAUCGCAGCCGAUUACCAGCGAAAGCUCGAGCACCUCUUCCCCGCCGUCACUUUUGUCGUCACGUCGAAAGCCGACGCCAUCUACCCCAUCGUCUCAGCCGCUUCGAUCGUCGCCAAGGUCACACGAGAUCAUUUCCUCGAAGCCUGGCCCAUCUUGUCUUCAGCGAGCGUGCAGGUCCAUGACGACGGCGAGGUUGAAGAGGCCAGAAAUGUGUUUGGGAGUGGAUACCCUUCAGGUGGGUCAUCGGUGGACUGGGUUCAAGUGAAACACGAUGUCAAAAGUGUCGACAAUUACUCAUCUCUCCUUGUCCUUGUGCCGCAAAAGAUCCCAAAACGGUGGCUUGGUUGGAACAAAACGUCCAUCCCGUGUUUGGGUACCCCAACAUCGUUCGGUUCAGUUGGCAGACGGUCAAGACGAUUCUCGACAAGAAGGCAGCCAAAGUCCAAUGGUGAGCACAUAGCGGAUGCGGGCAUCGGUUUGAAACGCACUUGAAACCGCGCUUCUCUUUUCAAAUGUACUUGAACUGGGCUUCAAGUCUUGCGUGGCGAGCUCAAAUACGUUUCGGUUUGUGGGGGGAGGUCUUUUCGCUGGGGAGCUUCAUUUCUCACCAAUGAAACAGCUCCAUUUUCCCGCAUAUCUUUCUGACUUACCUCAAACCUCUCAAUAGGGUCGAUGAACCGGCAACGAUCCAGAAGUACUUCUCCGUCGACGCCGAGACGGACGCACCGGGACAGAAGCAGUAUGGCGCUUGGAAGGAUUUCGGUCUCAGUUCCGUCAGCGCCUUCUAG